AUGUUUUUAGACGAGAUCUCACCGAUUCCAUUGGAUUAUCUGAAAUCGAUUGAAGCAUUUCCAAGCACACAGUUGAUGGAAUUAGAUGAGAAACAGUUCACUGGACAGUUCAUCUCGUCCACUAUUUUGGCACACAUCGAUUUUCACAAUGAAAUCAAUUCAAUCGAACAACUCAAAAGUGGUUCACUCAACGGUUCAAUUUCAUUCGACUUUCAUCCGAAUACAUUCCAACAACUGUUUCACAUUAUCGAACAGCUGGCCACAAGGAAAACACAAGACUCGAACACAGUCAUCCUUCACAUGUUAACCGUUUGUUUAAGAUUAUUUACCACACAUUUGAAAUUUUUAUGCAUUGUCAAAUCAAAUGUUGAAAGAGAUUUAUUAAAAACAAACGACGAAAUAAGAAAAUUUGUUCGUGCUUUAUUCUCUCAAUCAGAUAGUAGCAUCGAUUUAAAGGCGUUUGCAACUGACGAUGAAUUAAGAAAAUGGUUUGAAUUAUUAUUGACAUUGGCUUGUGAUGGCGAUGAAAAAUCGGACGAGUCAAUAAUAUGCAAAGAAGCAUCGAAAGCUCUUGUUUACGUCAUCGACCAAAAGACAUCGUCAUUCGCCGAAAAAUUAUCUUUUAUCCAUAAAUAUAUCGUCGAAAAUAAACAUCCUGUAUUAAUCGAACAAUUAUUUAUAGAACUGAAUAAAAAAGUAACAUUACUAAGCUGGAUUGAAGUUCUGUGCGACGACGAUGAUAGCAAGCCAGAUAAAACAACGGCGUAUAAAAUAUUGUAUUCAUUCAUCGAUAUUUGCUUGGAUCCACUGAGUGAUAUUCAAGAAGAACAGAAACAGAAAAUACAACAAGUACUAUUGUUGUUUCAGCAGUUAUUAAUAUUUCGAUUAGUACCACUAUCUCAAAAGAAAACAAUGCGAGGUGUAAUGACUGAUGAUGGUACAACCGAUGAAGCUGAAUCAUCUGCUGCUACUUCUAUCUCUACGUCUUCAUCUGCUCUUGUAGUUAACUAUGCUACUCACAUACUAAGUAAUUGUCUGGGAAAAGUAGCGUUCGCUAGCGAUUUAUUUCACCCAAUUCUUGUCGGUUUGGGCCUGAUGACAAAAGCAGAAGAAAUCUUCCACUUCGCCACAAUUCAACCGAUAUUCUCAGCUGUUUUGCCAUUAUUGACAGAAUAUCUGCUGCAAAAUACAACUAGUGAAGACAUACAAAAUAAUCUGCAUUACAUUUCUUGGCUAAUAGGCAAAAUGAGUAAUGUUCUAAUUGCUGGUCCACAACAGGAUCCGUUAGAGAUGAAGCAUGUCGAUAAAUUGAAGUCAUUUCUAUUUGCCGGUGGAUAUGACAGAAUAACAAAUGAAAAGAGUAAAUAUCUGUUGAAUUUAUUCGAGUCCAAUUUGGCUGUUUACAGUAAUUUUAAACUGGCUAGUCUAAAUGAACAACCAUCGUUACACAAUGAGUUUUUAAUGUCAAUUUAUAACAAUAUUGAUCAGGGUGCACAACUGGUAUCGAAAAUGAAGAUGUAUGUCAAAAAUAAACGUUUACUACAAAAAUCGAUUGAACAACAAGCAAAUGAUGCCUGUGCCGCUGUAUUUGCUGUCUACGUUAAGCAUUAUCGUCGAAUUAAUCUGGCCAAAUAUGAACUAUCCCAAACAGCUGAUAGGAGACCACACAGUAAGCUUUUAGCCAUUUAUGAAAAUGCCAAUCACGUUCAAACAUUGUUUGCUACAACAAAAGCGCAAGGUGGCGAUUGCAAUGAACUUUACAAACAGAUUAAAAUCAAUACACUAUUUCUAUUAUCAUCCGUUAAAGAAAGCAAUUUUAUUCCGAUGAUCAAAGAAGAUUUCCCACAAUCAGCAGCAAGUACACAGCUAGUGUCAAGUAUACAACAAGAAAAAGUAUCAAAACUACAACGACAUGGUUCACGGUGGUCAACAGCGAAAUAUAUUUUUCGAUUGCUUCAAAAUACAAUGCAAGUUUGUAUUCGAUUAAAAAAAUUGAUGUUGGCAAAGAAACAAGCCGUCGAACGAAAACAAGAUAAUGAAAGUGUGUUAAAUCGAGCAAUCGAUGCUUUUGUUUAUGGAGAUUUUUACAAUCUGACAGCAUCCAUAUCAAGUGAAGAAAAGAAAUUGGAAUCGGACGAAAUCGUUCAGUGCAUGUUGCGACAGUAUGAGCGAGCAAUGACAAGACUAAUUACAUAUGGAUUUAUUCAUACAUUUAUUCAGAAAGUGUUAAAUAUCAAAGACGAAAAUCGAACUAUGACAAUUCUAGCUGUUUAUUUACCAUAUUUGAGAAAUACGGAUGUGGAAUGGUCCUAUUUGGAAAAUAUUCAAGCGUCAGACGAUGAGUUGAAAAACGAAAUCGGAAAUAGCUAUUAUUCAAUCAUCAAAAUUGUUCUAUCCUAUUUAUUACGAUCAGUAGCAUUCGAGCAAAAGAUGUUAGUGCGAAAUAUGUUCAAUUUACUUAAUUUAUCCUAUGAAUCAAUCGAUAUUUACCAUCUGUAUCAUUAUCAAUUUGUUGAAAUACUAUUUACAUCGUUUGUCAGUUUUGUUGAAAAACCAGAUCGCGUCAUUUCGCUAGAUAUCAAAUUAAUCGGAUACAAUUGGUUUCGAUUGUUUGUGUUAAAACUGUGCCAAACCAUUGAAAUGGAAGAACUGAGAGGUACAACUAAUCAAAUAUUACAAAAACAACGAGACUUUGUCUUUAACACACUGAUUUUAAACGAACUGAAAGGAUUGAAACGAUUGAAACAAAAGUUGUCAGUUGAUACAGACAACAGAGCUACUGAUUCUGCAGAAUGCAAAAAUAAUUCUUUGAAUAAUGCGACCAUCGGCUGGUUUGUUAAAGCAGCAUUAACAACAGCGAAGGAUGAUGCAUCAACAAUUUCAAAGCAUCUAUCAUCGAAAACUGAACUUGAACUCUGUACAAAUCAAUUCUUGGUUCUUCUCCUUAGAUGUGUUCAUGUGUAUGAACAUGUUCGAUCAGUUUGUGCAACUGUUGAUUACGUUGAAGAAUUAUUGUACGUGUAUCGAAACAGUGACAAUAGUGCUACUCUCUUAUUUGCAUUGAAAAACUUACGCAAAUUAAUUUCUUUAUUACCGGAAAAUAUGAACGGAACGCCAAGUAUUAUUGUUAAGGACCUAUUAACCGAAGUUUUAUUUUCGAUUAGUUCACAAAAAACUGCGCCCGGCACAGUUACCGAAUUAAUCUACAUUUAUCGAACAAUAAUGUCGCUUGAUUCACCAUGGCAAAUGAUGGCAACUCAAUUGGUUUUUGAUACCGUUACAUCAAGUGUGAACAACUUCAAUCUGAAAUCACUUGAAACCGUUGACACAAAUCAAAUGAACUACUUUUUAGCAUCAUUAUGUGUAUUGGGUGGAUAUGUUCAGCCCUAUUGUUCGGGAUCAAUCGUGAAAAUCUAUACCGAUGACGAAAUCAGCAAUGAAUUCCAACUGGCGUUAAUCACCGAAGUUGAUACGAAUGCUCGUGAUAUGGGCACACCUGAUACAUUGCCCUAUUUUGUUCAAUAUUCACAUACAAAUAAGACUGAAUCAGUUGCGGCCGAUAAAUUACGAAUUGAAAUUGAUGUUUCACCACCAAAUCUACUAUUGUUACCAAGUGUUAAUGAUCCAAAAGUAACCAUACAUUCAAUUCUCGAUGCAUUGGGAUAUUUCAUACAAAUUGAUACAUCGACAACAGAUUCUUUAAUGAUAUUACAACUGAAACGCCGUUCCGUCGCAGCAUUGCAUCAAAUAUUAAAUAAUAAAAAACUCGUCGAAAUGUUCAUGCAGAAACCAUAUGGAUCCGCCAUUGCACAACUGUGCAUAUCUGAUUCGUCAUUAAAAGACCACGUACGACCUGCUGAUUUACGUCUGUUCAAUAAAUAUCAUUUGGAACAAUACUGUUCAAGUUUAGACAUAUGUGAACGAUCGAAACAAAUAGUGGAGAAUGAUGAUGAUGAUGAUAACAAUGAAAUUUAUCAUGAUGCAAUAGCUGCAAACGAUAAAGAUGAUUCUUCAUAUUUUGAUUUAUUAACAAGCAUAUCGAAAUAUAACGGAUGGAAACCAAAUGCAUCAAAACAAGAAAUUGAAUUGUUUAAACAGGGUCGAGUUGGAAAUGAUGAAGUUUCCAUUGUUCCAAAACCGCGCCAUGUCGUCAACACACGUGUAUUAGAAGAAUGCGGUACUAAGCAUAGAUUUAAGGGGCGAAUUUAUCUGCCGGCGGACAGCACAAAUGCUAGAUUUCUAACGUUUAUUGUUGAUAAUCUACAAUUGAGCAAGGGUAAAUGGUACUAUUGUGUUAAAGUGCCCGAAGAUUGUAAUAUUCAAAUCGGGUGGGCAACAACCGGAUUCGCUCCCAGUGAUAGUAUCGGAGUAGGCAGUGAUAAAUAUUCAUGGUCUUACGAUGGAUCACAAGUUUCUCUCUUCCAUCUACAACAACAAGCUACGUUUCCGUCUUCAGAACUGCGUUGGAAAGAAAACGAUGUUUGCGGUUGUGGAAUUGAAAUCGAUGGUGAAAAAACUCGAAUAAAAUAUUGGCUAAAUGGACAAUUUUUAGGUACAGCCUUUUCACAUCAGUCGACUUUUGGAUCAACAACAACAAAAUGUGAUAUGUUACCAAAUGGACCGGAUUCAACCUAUUUUCCGAGUGUCACUUUACAAUGGACUUCUUAUCGGGCGAAUUGGUGUGAAUUCAUAUUUAGUCCAGAAGAUAUGGCCGAUUGUCCGUUACCAAACGAUUACAAGCCGUUAUUGAUGCCAAAAUUAGCAAAUAUUGACACCAUUGUCGCUUAUCCGCACAAUGCCUAUUUAGUCGGUGAUGAUAUUCAAAAUUGGUUCUAUACACCACGAAACAUAACUUCGACGGUAUUUCUACGUGAUUUCAUCAACGAAUAUCAUCUCGAAACCAGAUUCGUCUUAGAUGACCAUCAGCUAAUAUUACCGGAAAAUAGCGGUGGUUUUUCGUUUUCGAUAGACGAUUGCGCAUCAUCAUUAACAAUUAGCUUUGAUUUUAAAAUAAUAACAACAGGUGAAAAUGAUACAGUUGAGAAACUCGAUAUUCUUCUAUUCACAGUGGAAACGACAGAAGUGUUUCCAAUACAAAUAACAUUGAAUAAAACUGCCGAUAAAACACGAACUGCGAUCAUAUAUCAUCCGAAAGAACGACAGACAAAAAUCUACAUCAACAAUGAGUGUCAAACAUUCAAUGGUGGCUUUAAAAGUGGAACUAUGACGAAAAUAAACUUUCAUAUUUUAUCCAAUACUGCUUCUGGAAUUCAAAAUUUAGCUAUCUGGAAAUAUGCUCUUUCAGAAGAACAUAUUCAACGUCUAUUCACUUACGGCCUAUCCUAUGUGGCAGUUGAUUAUCAGCAGCUAAAAGAACAUCGAAGACAGGCGAACACAUUCACAUUCGUUAAAAACCAACAACAAUUUGCAAGUGAAUUACUUGUUCCAUUUAAUGAACCAUUCGAUAAGAACUUAUGGGAGAGAAAGAAAAAACACACCGAUAGUGAUGAAUCGAAAUAUUUCAAACCCAUAAGUGGAACCGACGAAUCAGUCAUACAAUUAUUUGGAAACAAGAGUUAUCUUGUUCUGAACAAAUUAACCGAACGAUGGUCAGAAUAUACACUUGUUCUUGAUAUUUCCGUACCCAAUUUUCCUACUCUCAACGAACAAUUGACCCUAGUGACGUGGAAUCAAGAAUCAGAAAUUUACAUCACACCCGAUGGUAAACUUUGUCUGUUCGAUGAUGGAACGAGCAACAAAAGUGAAUCACUAUUGAAGUUGAAUGAAUAUCUGCGAUUGCUUAUUUCUGUUCAAAAGAGAUUCAUCAAAAUCUAUGUGAGUGGAUUAUUAGAGGUCGAUGUUAGUCUCAUUGAUAAUAAUCCGUUUACAGCAAAAGCCGAUCGAAUUGAUCUGUUCAGAGAAACAGAUUUGACAAAGAACAAGACCAGUGAAGAAGCACUUCGAAUUGAAUGUAAAUCGAUUACAUUUCGAAACCGAGCGACCGUUGAUAUAAUUGAACAAAUGAAAUCACCGAAAUUAUCGUUAGAAACAUUGGUUAUGCCACCCUUUUCGGUGGUUGCAUCAAGUUUAAUUUCAAUUGGAUACAAGAAAGCAUGGAUAAAAUCCGUUAUGAAACAAUAUAAUACAGCACACAUUCAGUUGAUUGAUACAAUUAUACGCGAACAGAAAGAAGAACUGUUAAAAGCAGAUCUUCUGAGAAGAAGAAAACGUAAUUUAAAUAUUUUGUCGAGAUUAGGUCCAUCGAUCGAUAAAGAAAAAUUGGAAGAUUUGAUCAAGUUUUCGAAAUUCGAUACCGACGAAGAAGUGGCAGCUGUUGGUGAACUCAUGUUAGUACAUUGGAACGAUUUACAAACAUCAAAACCUUUAACCGACAUAACUGAAACGACAGAAGAUGACGAUGAUUCGGAUGAAGAUGACAAGGCGUUGUUGGAACACAAAUGGUAUCGUCAAGCUGUUCGUGGCUUAGGUAUCCAUGAUAGCUUGACGGAAUGGAUCCGAGAUAAAUUAACGACGACGGAAGAAGCAGAUCUCACUUAUAGAUUACUUGACUUAAGUAAACCUGACGUAGAGCAAACGAUGAUGAGAACUGCAAUUGGAAGUCACAGGAAAACAAUCAAGAAAUCAGUUCAAUAUUCGCAUCGACAAAUAUCACGAAAACAAUUUUUGGACUCACGUAUUGCCUGUGAACACGGGUUGACAUCGAUAUAUGCACGUGACACUGUUUUGAACAUGUUGAAAGUCUGGUCAAACGAUGGCCCAAAUUUAUUUCCGUUGGAAAGAUUUGGUAAUUUCGAAUUUAUUGUUACAUUAUUGCGAUUAAUGGCUUACCAUUACAGGUAUGCGAGCUCUCCUACGGAUGAAAAUGUUGACAGAAUGUGGUUGUUAACAAAUUCGAUUCUUAAGGCCGAAACAAGAGAAUUACUCAAAUACAUGGCUACGCACAGUGAAAUUACUGUCGAAAUACUGCAGAGCCAAGCUCCGUUACUCUAUCAACUGCAAAAGGAUGUUAUGGUUCAAGCUAUUGGAUUUUUAUUGAAACCAUUGUUACUAUUCUACAAUUAUGAUGAUGAAACAACAAUCAUUGACGAACGGAUAACGAUAAAACAACCGAAUUUGAGUUUUAUUUUCAAAAUAGUAGAUAUAUUCGUGGAAUUGGUAACAGAUAAAUCGACGAUGAAAGAACAUGAAAUCAUUUCGAUUAUUCCAUUUCUAUUUCCUGCGGCUUUAAUCAAUCUGAUGUUCGAUUUAUUUUUGUUAGUUCCAACGCAUCAAUCGAAAAUAUUCCUUCUGCGUCUAUUUGCCACGUAAGUAAGCAAGUUGACGCAUUAUUCUAGUUUUUAACCAUUAGAUAUAUGCCAUUCCACAUUCCAGUUUGGUACCUAGAGCUCUAUCUAAACUCAUUGAACGAAUUUUCUAAUUGCUUUGCCCAAAAUGCUGAUAGUUUCCGACGGAGUAAAAGGAAAAAGUGGAAGGUGAGUGGUGGGGGGACAUUAUCCUAGGUUUCCAGGCGGCAGCCAAGAUCAGUUUUAUUAUACAAAGGAAUGAAACAGUACCGGCUGAUAUUUUGAAUUUUGGAGAUCAACAGGAAUCCAGAGGACACUAGGAAUUGAAGGAAUACCAUGAUUCUUGGUAUUCUAUGGGUGAACGUGCUCUGGUGUCCUUCGGAUUCUUGUUCCUGUUUGUGUCCAUCCGCUAUCUAGAAAAUCAGUCACAUCUCACAUUUUGAAAAGUCAUAAAAGGUCAAUCACUUAAGAGCAUCAUCUUUAAAAGAAUAUCUCAGCCGACAGUCAAACGCUCUUGAGUUGCGGUUCAGCCAAAGACGCGAAGAGAGGGCUUCAUCUCGUUGAUUGGUUUGCUAGGGCUUAGUUGAGUUAGCAGACGCUCUUUGAGGAUGCGUCAGCGUCACGCGCUCUUAUUCGUCAACGUUCAAAUCUGUCCUCUGCCGUUUGUCGUUUGCAUCUUAUCAAGUCGGUAGUACUAGCUGUAGUAUCGGCAUUCUCUCUCUAAAAAAAGGCUCCAUACUAAACCAUUAAGGUUUGGUGUAUUGCUUCGAAACUUUUAAUGGUUUUGUAGCGAAAUUUCGAAAUUCAGAGGGUUUGUUAGAUGGUACGAAACCUCAAAACAGAAUUUUUUUCUACAAGAUUUUGUACAGAGUAUACGAAACCGGCGGAGUGGUUUAGUAGCAUUAAAGGUUUAGUAGAAAUUUCACAAAACCUUACGAGCUUCGUAUCGCAUUAAACACUUCUUCGAUGAAAGAAGAAUAUGUUGAAAAACCAAUAAACAACUAGUAGCAGAUAUUUAUUAGUCUUA